CCGUCCGAGUCGCUGCCACUGUCGACGUCCUCUGCCGCUCCCUACUAUUAACCGCUGCUUGUACGUCUGACGCGCAUAUACUGACUUAUCUGCAAGAGCGUGGCCUUGUAUUUUAUUUCCGCCUACUGAACACUUCGUCGUUGCGCUCAGAAACGUCGAGCAGCUAGUCAAGAUGCAGCCCGCACCAAAUCGGCUAGGACUAGGCAUGCGUCCUCCUUUGCCGUCGUACGGCCAGGGUCCCUCAAUGCAGGCUCUUGCGCAGCAAAGCCAGAUGGCACACCACCCUGCGUUUAUCCCGCCGCAAGCCCACAAAAGUAUCAAUAUGUUCAUUGGAUCGAUAUCUGCAGGGAUUCAGGACUCAUUCAUGAACGCGCUGCUCUCUGCGUGCGGGACAGUAAAGCAAUUCAAACGGCUUAUCACGCCUGCAGGUAAGCCCCAGGGCUUUGGUUUUGCAGAAUUCGAGGAUCCGGACAGUGCACUUCGUGCCAUGACGCUGCUGAAUGGGGUGGAGUUACCUGCAUUGGAGGAUGGUUCCAUGAAUAAGAAGCUCCUGGUCAAGGCUGACGAGAAGACAAAAAUAUUCUUGGAUGCAUACCAGGCGCAGCGGAUGAAGACCGAUGAAGAUGAUGCUAAACUGGCCUCCGCCAAGGCUAGAGUGGAUGCAUUGGUGAAUGACAUCCAUAAAGCUUCUCAAGAAGCCGUUCAGAAUGGAUUGAUAGAAAGAGAGAAAUAUGUCAUUCCUCCGCAUCUACACGAUCUUCAAGAGGCAGAUCUGCCAGAAACCCAGCGCGGUCUAGUCAUGAACGAGAUUGCCCAGUUCCGGGAGAAAGCCGCCAAGCGAGAAAGGGAAAAAAUGCGGGACGUACAGGCCAGUAUGCCUGCCGUUCUAGGAGCGCCGAGCGGACCCAAGGUGCGGGAAUGGGGGAAGCCGUCGCCGACUGCGGGGCACUCGCCUAGCCCAGGCCCCAAAGGUAUGGGCCAAGGUCCACAAGGAUAUGGUAAAGCUCCUGGGUUUGUUAAGGGAAGGGAGGGUAGUGUUUCUUCGGUGGACGAUGAACGGGCGGCUGCGGGCAAAGCUCAGAAGACAGACGAGGAAUUGGAACAGGAGAGAAGAGAAGCUCGGAGGCGCGACGAGGAGAAUUCGUACCGAGACCGUGAGCGUCGUUAUGAACCUCGUGAGCGAACGCGAAUACAAGCCCUUGAACGCGCAAUCGCACGGGAGCGGGCAGUUAAGGAAGCUGAAGAACGCGAUCGAAUCGAAAUGCGGUCCCGGCUUGACAUCUGGGAUGAUGACGAAAGCGAUGAACUGUUCUAUACGGAUCGUUCUCGGUGGCGUCACCUUCGAGCUCGGAGAUUAGCCGCAGAAGAGGCCGCGGAUGCCGAGUCGCGUGCCUACGAAGAACGUGAAGCAGAGAAUCUACGCCGGGAGUCCGAGGCAUUUUUGGCUCGUCAGAUGGAGGAGAUGCAGGCCUUGCAAGAUGAGCAGCGCAAAGCAGGCAUGCUCCUGGAUGACGGUGCGCCUGUCAAAUUGAAUAUGUCUCUCCAAGCGGCUGCCGCUCCCAAGGCGGAAGCCAGCGCAAAGGAGAAGCCCGCUGUUGUCUUCAGUAAUGAAGAGGAAGAGGAGGAAAGUGUUCGUAAACGGAAGGUUCCGUUAGUCAAGCUGGACUUCAGCGCGCAGGAAGGUGAAAAAGCAAAGGAGAGACUGGAGAAGAUUCGCGAGGCCGUUCCGAGGGAUAAGGAUACGCUCUUUAAGGCUAAAGUCAGAUGGGAUGGACUAUCCGAUACCAUCAUCGAUCGGAAGUUCGAGCCACUAGUUAAACGGCAGAUGGUCAAAUUCUUAGGCGAACUUGAAGAUGAUGACCUUAUUAUGUUCUGUCUGGAACACUUGAAAGACCACAAGGGACCGAAACAACUGGUUGAGGGUCUUGAACCGGUUCUCGAGGAAGAAGCAUCGGAACUGGUCAUCAGCAUCUGGAGACAAGUCAUAUUCGAGAGUAUGGCAUAUGGAGAAGGUCUACAUACGGAAAGAAUGAUGGUUGACUCAUAAUUGCUUGCAUACCGAGCGGGGCAGGUGCGUUGUACGGCAGUGUCGAGAAUAUGGAACGUUACGUUACAGCAGUCAUUAUUCGCACCCAAGUGAAGUGAUGGUAUGUCAAGCAGCGGCUGUUGGGUCUCAUGGGACUCUGUAGUGAGUUUGCCUUUUGAUCAUACGGCAGAAUGUAAUGAUAUUGCUUUCCAUCUCGUAUGUAUGAUAUCACUGGAAGGAUGUUCUGCUUUGGCGUCUGCAGGUUCGUGGGUAUAACUUGGAAGACGUGCAUGAUGUGGAUAGCAUGCUUGAACCAUGGGGCAAAUGCUAAGUUCCG